AUGACGUGCAGAGAGAUCGGCCGAACAGCAAUACAAGAGAAGACCAAGACCAAGACCACGAACAAGAACCCAAUGAGGUCCUCACAAACACACCGCAUCAUCAUCACGAGUGACAGCACACUGUUUGGGAAGUCUCACUGGGGGCCGAUAGCCAUGUCAUCUUAUCAGCUUACGCCAGGCUCACGGCUCUCAUCAUGGCCAGCUUACGCUGAGCAAGCAAAUCAUACGUGGCUAGUACGGUUACAAGACAACCUUUGGGAAGCGCCUCCAGGUGGGGCCCCUGGCACCAUUCCCGAAAACAAAAUUCGCUUGGGUAUGGCCAUAGGUAUUGGUUGA